GUCACCUGCCCGUCUCCUCCUCCCGCCGCUGGCGCCUCCCCGGGGGUCCCCCAUCCCCCCCUGGCCCCCCCACCACCGGGACCCCCGGCUCCUCCCCUCCCCCACCGGACCCGCCGAGCCCCUCCCCCCACGCCCGGCCGGCCCCGCCGCCCCCGAGGACCCCGAGCGGCCGCUCCGGGCGGGGGGACCCCGGGGGGACCCCAACAGCAGCAGCAACAACAGCGCCCCCCGCAGCCCCCUGCAGCCAACCGGGACGAGCCCGGCCGCACCCACCCGCCGGAAAAAGGCGAUUCUUCCUCCUCUUCCUCCUCCUCCUCUUCCUCCUCUUCUUCUUCCUCCUCCCGCUCUUCCUCCUCGUCCGCCUCCUCUUCCUCGGGCCCACCCGGGCCCGUCUCGGCCCGGCCCCGCUCGCCUUGCCUGGAUAUUUAUGAUCCUUUCCACCCCACCGACGAGGAGAACCCGGGUUUGGGGGGCGGAGGAGGAGGAGGAGGAGGAGCCCCGGAUUUUGGUUACGGCAGCGGCGCCGCCUCCUCUUCGUCGCCCGGCAAAGAGGCCGAAGGCCGGCAGGACCAGAAGUACGACCCCUUCGACCCCACGGGUUCCAACCCCAGCUCGUCCCGCAGCAGCCCCAGCCCUGAGGAGGAGGAGGAGGAAGAGGAGGAGGAGGAGGAGGAGGAGGAAGAGGAGGAGGAGGAGGAGGAAGAGGAGGAGGAGGAGGAGGAGGAAGAGGCGCCGGCGCUGCUGCCAGACGUUUCCCACAGCAUCAGCCGCAUCUCGGAGACCUUGGCCGGCAUCUACGACGACAACAGCCUGAGCCAAGACUUCGAGAAAGAUCCGGAACCGCCGAAAACUCCCCCGAACCCUCCCGGUGCCGACUCCACCCUGCCCGAGGAGGAGGACGAGGAUGAGGACGAGGAGGAGGAGGAGGAGGAAGAGCGCGAGGAAGGCUCGAGACGGCAGCGCCGGCCGCUGCCGAACCAGCGCCGUCGCCCCAAAACCCGGCGGCGGCGCCGCCCCAAGCAAUCGCUGCUGGGCGCCACUCCCGAAACCCUCCCGGCACCGCUGGCGCCGCGAAGUGGGGCACGCCGGGCGUACUCGGAGAUCGAGGAAGGGGAGAUCGUGCAGCCAGAGGAGGAGAGGUUCAGCCCAUUGAGGAUUUUCCGUGGGCGGUGGCAGCGGUGGUGGUGGCACUACCGGCUCGGCGCCGGGCGCCGCUCGAGGGCCGCGCCAGGCCGGAGCCGCGAGCGCCGCGGCUCCCCAGGGCGGCGACGAUUUCCUGUCUCCACGCCGAUUCUGAUGAAGAAGCGUAUUUCGCGCCGAAUCCCAACCGGAUCCGCUGGAAAACGGGCGGCGGCGGCGCACCAGCGCCGCUUCGCGCCGCCGCCGCCGCGUUCCGCUGGCUGGCGCCAGGAAGAAAUCCAAACGAUCCCGGAACGCUGGCGGUUCGGGAGCGCCUGGCCGGGCGCCAAGAAAGCUCCGGAACCGGGCGCCGAAUCCAAAGAGCGUACACCGGCGCCGCGGGUCAGGUCGCGCCGCGGGCGCCGGGUCGGGCGCCAAGGUCGAGGGAGAACGGCGCCGGGCGCCGCCGGGCAGCUCCGGGCGGUCGCGGCACAAAGAGAAGCACCGCGGGGAGAAGAAGAAGAAGAAGCAACGCUCGAGGUCCCGGGAACGCCGCGGGUCGCGGAGGGACGGCGGCGACGGGAAAGCGGCGGAGAAGGGGCGAGGGCGCCGCGGGGCCGCGGUGCGGUGCCGCCGGUGCAGGAGCUGAACGACUCGGAUCUUUUUGCCAUCAAAAGAACCAUCACGGUGAAUCGGCGCGCGGCGACGCCGGAACCCAAACGGGAGGUUCUCUACGAUUCCGAAGGGUUGAGCUUUGAGGGAUUUUCCGACCGCGAGCACGCCGAGUUCCCGGCGAGGAAAACCGAGGUGAGGCCGGCGGCGGAGCCCGGAAAGAAGGAGAAGGAGAGGAAACGGAGCCGCCCCGAGGAGAGGCCGACGGGGAGGGAGAAAUACAAGAAAAAAUUCAAGGAUUACGCCGAGCCCGCCGCGGCGGAGAGCGGGAAAAGCAAAGAGAAGCAGCGCGAGAAAAGCGGCAGGAAAGGGAAAACGGGAGGCGGGCACAAGGAAGGGGCGGAAACGGCGGCGCCGAGAGCGCCCGCGGCGGCGCCCAGGAAGGUGAAGCUCCAAUCCAAGGUGUCGGUGUUGAUCCGGGAGGGCGUCAGCUCCACCACGACCACCAAAGACGGUGGAGGCGGCAGCGGCGGCGGCGGUGCCGGCAUCGGGGUGAAAUUCGCCCGCGAUGCCGAGAGCCGGGCGGCGUUCCUGAAAGCCGAGGAGAAAACGCAGAAAGGCACCCCCAAAAACGACGGGGGGCCGGCGCGAGACGGAGGUGUGAAACCGCGCAAGGUGAAAGCGUCCAAAGUCAAGGGAGGGGUGAAGAAAGUCAAAGUCAAAGCCAAGGGCGAGGCGAGGAAGAAGAGGAAGACCAAGGUGAAGAGCGGCGGCGGCGGCGCUUUGAAGAAAUCCAAAGCCGACAGCCAAAGCGCCGCCACCCCUCCUCUCCCCCCUCCCCGCCGCGGGCGCCACCCCCCAAACCCCGCCCGGCCGCCCGCCGCCCGCCGAAGCGCGAAGCUGACGCCGGACUCGCAGACGGUGGACAGCAGCUGCAAGACCCCCGACGUGUCCUUCCUGCCCGAGGAGGGCUCCGGGGGACACCCCCAGAGCGCGGGCAGCGAGGGACGGGCCCGGGGAGCCCCCGAGGGGGGACCCCGAGGCCACAGCCGCAGCGAGGGCAAGGAGGAGGCGGCGAGAGGCGGCGGCGGCGGCGCCCGGAGCGGGCGGCGACGGGCAACGGGCGGGCGCCGGGGAUGGAGCCUGCAGGGCGGCGUGGACUGCGCCACCAGCGGCGUGCUGGCACUUUUUGGGGGAUGGAGCCUGCAGGACGGCGUGGACUGCGCCACCAGCGGCGUGCUGGCACUGACGGCGCUGCUGUUCAAGAUGGAGGAGGCCAACCUGGCCAGCAGGGCCAAGGCCCAGGAGCUGAUCCAGGCCACCAACCAGAUCCUGAGCCACGGCAAGGCCGCCCCCCCCCUGGGGCCCCCCCAGGCCCCCGGGGCCCCCCCGGGACCCCCCCAGGUGCCCCCCCCGUACCUGCUGCCCCUGGGCGGGGGCGGGGCGGCCGCCGCGCCCCCAACCCCCACCCUGCCCGGCCUGGGCGGCGCCGGGGGGGACAGGAGGGACAGCGAGGGCAGGGGGGACAGCGACAAGUACCUGAAGAAGCUGCACACGCAGGAGCGGGCGGUGGAGGAGGUCAAGUUGGCCAUCAAACCCUUCUACCAACGCAAGGACAUCACCAAGGACGAGUACAAGGACAUCCUGCGCAAGGCCGUGCACAAG